GGCGGGUUGAACGGCGGGACGGGGCCGUGUGGCGGGAGCUGUCACCGGAAGAGCCCCGUGCAGCGAUCUGCCGCCCGCCGCCCCGGGAGGCCUCUCCCGCUUCUUGUCAGGAGGUGGCUGUCAGAGGGACCACAGGCGGCGGCUGUCAGGGGGACACAGGCGGCUUCCACCGGAGCGGGAAGUCGGGAGGGGUGAGGGUGUCUCCUGCCGCCGAGUCCGGUCUGCCCUCUCCUGCCGGGAUGCUGGUGGCCUGCGGCAUGCGGCGGCGUCACCAGGAAGCGCUGAAGAAGAACCGGGUGAUGCUGGCGAAGCAGCUGGUGCUGAAGGAGCUGAUGGAGCAUAUGGUAGAGAAAGACAUCAUCACCGCCGAGAUGGUGGAAAUGAUACAGGCUAAGUCUGGAAGCUUCAGCCAAAAUGUGGAAUUCCUCAAUUUGCUGCCCAAAAGAGGCCCUAGUGCCUUCUCAGCAUUUUGUGAAGCUCUACGAGAAACCAAACAGCAGCAUCUGGAGGAAGCAAUUUCGAGGACCGCAUCCAACCUGAGCCAUGGAUUUGAAAGGCUUGAACAAUGUUAUGGAUCAGAUCUUCCACUCCCUACCAGUGAAUCAUGUAACUCAAAGAGACCACGCUGGAUUGAACCAAUGGAACAUUCCUUGGAUAAUGGAGAUGGUCCCUCAGUUCCUCCAGUGAAGUACUGCACUCCUGAAUUUUAUCAUGAUCAUUGGCACUUGGCAUAUAAACUGAUCUCAGAGCCCCGAGGCUUAGCACUUAUUAUCAGCAAUGUCCAUUUCAGCAGUGUGAAGGACUUGGAGUAUCGUGCAGGAGGAGAGGUGGACUGUAUUUCCCUGGAGAUGCUUUUCAAGCAUCUUGGAUAUCAAGUGACUGUCUUUCAUGAUCAGUCAGCACAGGAGAUGCAGAAUGCAUUGGAGAGAUUCUCUAAGUUGCCAGAUCAUCAGGAUGUAGAUUCUUGUAUUGUAGCUUUACUUUCCCAUGGUGUGGAAGGUGCGAUUUAUGGCAGUGAUGGCAAACUACUUCAGUUGCAGGAGGCUUUCCGGCUCUUUGAUAAUGCAAACUGUCCAAAUCUCCAGAAUAAGCCCAAAAUGUUCUUUAUUCAGGCCUGCCGGGGAGAUGAGACGGACCGGGGAGUGGAUCAAAGAGAUGGGAAAGAAUGGUCAGAAUCCACAGGCUGUGAAGAAAGUGAUGCAAACAAAGAAGAAAAUCUCAAGCUUCGUCUGCCUACAUGCUCUGAUAUGAUCUGUGGCUAUGCUUGUCUGAAAGGCACUGCUGCCAUGCGGAACACCAAGCGUGGAUCCUGGUAUGUAGAGGCUCUCACUGCUGUGUUUGCAGAGGACUCCCGGGACACUCAUGUGGCUGACAUGUUGGUGAAGGUGAAUAAGCAAAUCAAGCAACGAGAAGGUUAUGCCCCAGGCACAGAAUUUCACCGCUGCAAGGAAAUGUCAGAAUAUUGUAGCACACUCUGUCAAGAUCUUUACCUGUUUCCUGGCUAUCUGCCAGGAAAAUAACCAGACCAGAUCUGUUGGAAGAUACUGCCAAAGCUGUACUUUAAGAAUGGAUGUCUGCAUUUUGGUUCUUGUGGGCUGUGACAUCAGAUGCACAAGCAAGGCAUGCUUGUUUGUAUCUGGCUAGUGCAAUUCUUGAUGUCUCUUCUGAAAAUAUUUUAGCAAUCCUUUAUAAUCUGAUUCAGUUCAGUUUUUAAAAUUCUAAUAUCCUGACUUCUUCCGAAUGUAUAUAAAUUCAUGGAAAAAGACAGUCAACACUGGAACUGGGAAGAAGUGGGAACAUCCUUUGGAAGGAGACAUAAGGAUAUUUGUAAACAAAGUGAAUAUGAAAAGGGAAGCAGACUAUUCAAACUAUUUUUAAAGAAGUUAAGCCUUUCUGAAAGGAAAAUUAUUCAUACGAUGUUACAUAUCUUAUUUUAAAAUUUUUGAAUAUUUUCUGCCUGGUUCUUCGUGCAGGACAGUCAGCACCUGUGUGUAUUAGAAAAGGCUCCAUUGUGAAGGAGAAUCCUUCCUCUCUCUAAACUGGAAGGUUAUUGUUUUCAAUUUAAGUAUUAAGUAUUUCACACUUUCCUAUCUGAAUUGAUCCCUGAAGUCUCACUGUGCACAUUCCUUCUGUAGACAAGUUACCAAGAUGUCUCAUAGUUUUCUGUGAGACAUUCCAGGUUAUCAGCAAAAAAAAUGGGACAUCCUGGAUUUCUCAGAUAGACAAAUAAGCCUCCAUAAACUGCUCCAUAAGUAGUUUUGAAUCUAGAAAUUCUAAUUACUUUCCCUUAGUCUCAAAAGUGAACAACUGUGUAGAAUAUUAUUUUUGAGGAAUUUGUUUGCCAUAGUACCUGUCUGUCACAGCAGGCAGAGUAUUCAGUCCACCAACUACUUCUCAGGAGCCUGUAAGUUGCACUGUACAACUGAAUACCUUAAACCCUACAGCCUUGCACAGAAGGAUGUUUUGUUUAAUUAACAAAAAUAGUCAAGGCAGCUUUUUACAGUCUAAGCAUGUUGCUUGGAUUAUUUAUCACUGUAGUUUGUAUUCCUUUUAAAUGAAAGGGAAGUUUCACAUUACUACCCUGUUAUGUGAAUUUUCUUUCUUCAGCCAUGAUGAUUUAAAGCAGUUUGUUUAGCUAAUAUUUUUUUGCAAAGUGUCAUUUUAACUGGUCAAUAGGAAAUAAUCCAUAACUUAGUUUGGAAAUUUCCUACAAAGUUUCCUCAUGCUGUAGUUACUGUCUUGCUUGUGUCUGGUUGCAGUUACUCCCAUACAACAUGGGAGGUGGGCAUUAUUUUCUUUUUGUGGUAGAGCCUACAUCCUGUUAUAUACUGGCUUACAUAUUGGUUACAGUCUGUUCACUUGAAUCUCACUCUAUUCUGUAGCAUUAAGCUGUCAUAAUUCCUGUUUAGUCUUUUUAUGGAAGCAUGGCUUUUAAAAUCUUUUUUCAAGAUUGAAUUAUAAAUAGAAAGCACAAAGGCAUGUGGAGAGAGGCUAGAAAAUUAGGCAUGUAUUUUUUUACUGUUCUGCUUAGGGAAAUGAAAGCUGUGUUUCCUUCAGCUGAAAAAGAUGCACCAUUAAAAUGCAUCUUGCACUUACCUACACACAAUGUGUUAAACAGAAUAAGGAUCAUACUUGCCAAUUGGUGCCUUACUCUGAAGUUUAAGAUACUCCAGGGAUGUACAACAGCCCCUAAAGUGGUAUAAACACAUCUUCCUCUUUGAAAUAGUGCAAUAUUUUACAGAUACUUGUGUCAAUUAAGCAGUCCACUGAUGGAUGAGAUUUCUGUAGUAUUGCAUCAAGUUGAAUAAUCACUGCCACUUUUGUAUAUACCUUUUGUAUUUUACUGCCUUGGGGUGUCAAAAUAAAGAAUUCU